AUGCCCUAAUUGUUGGGUAGAUCAAAUGGUAAUGCAAAUCCUGAUAUCACUUAUUAUGAUGGAUCAAGAGCAAUGGUAGUACCGAGAACAAACGGAUUCUUAGCUAAGAACAUUAGAAUUUAUAAUUAUGGAAGCAAUUCAGCUUUGAUUGAAUCAUGUUCUGUAUGUUGGAAUGUGAAGUUAUGGGUACAAGGAGGUAAAAAUACAUAGUUCAUAAAUGUGAAUGCAUUUAAUUCUGACUCUGCUAAUCGUAUCUUUUGGUAGAAACAUAGAAGAGAGAUAUUCUGGGACUAGGAUGGUUCAAUUUCAAAAGUAGCAGGAGGAGCCUAUAUUAUCCCAUAUAAGAAACACAUUGAUGGCAUUUCCAGGAUGUGUUACUCACCCAGAAGAUUUUUGGGAUAAACUCAAUCAUUUGUGCAAUGA